AUGUGGCCGGAGCUCAUACAAAGGGCUAAAGAAGGAGGUUUAAACGUAAUCCAGACCUAUGUAUUCUGGAAUCUCCACGAGCCUGUUCAGGGCCAGUUCAUUUUUGAUGGCAACAAUGAUAUUGUCAAAUUCAUUAAAAUGAUCGGGGAGCAAGGCCUGUACGUGACUCUCAGAGUUGGACCUUAUAUUGAGGCCGAAUGGAAUGCAGGAGGAUUUCCGUAUUGGUUGAGAGAGGUCCCAAACAUCACAUUCCGCUCUUACAAUGAACCAUUCAUGCACCACAUGCAAAGAUAUACUGAUACCAUCAUCGAUUUGAUGAAAAAGAAUAAGUUAUUUGCACCUCAGGGUGGUCCUAUCAUUAUGGCUCAGAUUGAGAACGAAUACAACAACGUCCAACUUGCAUAUAGGGAUCUGGGCAAGAAAUAUGUCGACUGGGCAGCAAAUAUGGCUGUGAGUCUGUAUGAUCAAGUCCCAUGGGUCAUGUGCAAACAGAAGGAUGCCCCUCCGACAGUGAUUAGUACCUGCAACGGAAGGCAUUGCGGAGAGACAUUCCGUGGUUCAAAUGGUCCAAAUAAGCCUACCCUCUGGACCGAGAACUGGACCGCUCAGUACAGGACAUUUGGUGAUCCUCCAGCACAAAGAGCAGCAGAAGAUAUUGCCUUUGCUGUAGCUCUCUUCUUUGCCAGGAAUGGAACCCUUAACAAUUACUACAUGUACCACGGCGGAACAAAUUUUGGUCGAACAAGCUCUUCCUUUGUGACAACUCGCUACUAUGAUGAGGCUCCUUUGGAUGAAUUCGGCUUGCCGAGGGAACCCAAAUUCGGUCACCUCAGAGACUUGCACAGGGCCUUAAGAUUGUCCAAAAAGGCUUUGCUUUGGGGCACUCCAAGCGUACAGCAGAUUGAUCAGGACUUACAGGUCAUAACAUACGAGAAUCCCAAUGUUCAGAAUGUUUGUGCUGCUUUCUUGAUUAACAAUCGUACAACAACUCCAGCCACGAUAAGUUUUAGGGGUGUGGAUUACUAUUUGCCUGCAAAAUCCAUUAGCAUCCUGCCAGACUGCAAGACUGUAGUUUACAACACUGUAACGAUUGCGUCACAACACAACUCAAGAAACUUCGAAGAAUCAAGCAAGGUGGGAGUUCUUGACUGGGAAUUUUUUUCAGAAAGCAUCCCAAGCAUGGACCAGUUGUCACAGGAGAGCAAGGCACCAUUGGAGCUGUACAGUCUGACAAAGGAUACUUCAGAUUAUGCCUGGUACCGCACCAGCAUCCAUUUUGACAAACGCGAUUUACCAAUGAAGGCUGGAGUUAUCCCAGUCCUCCAGGUUUUGAGUCUUGGUCACGCAUUGCUUGCUUAUGUGAAUGGAGAGUACAUAGGAUUCCAACAUGGAAACAACAUCGAGAAGAGCUUUGUAUUCCAGAAACCUAUUAGCUUGAAACCUGGUGUUAACGAGAUUUCAUUGUUGGGAAUGACUGUUGGAUUUCCGAAUAGCGGAGCCUACAUGGAGAAGAGGUUUGCUGGACCACGAGUUGUGACACUCCAAGGUUUGAUGUCUGGUACACUUGACAUCACAAUGAACAAUUGGAAGCACCAGGUUGGCUUAAAUGGCGAAAGGCUCCAAUAUUUCACUGAAGAAGGCUCAAGCAAAGUGGGCUGGAAGAAGUUAAACGCAGCAGGAAACUUAGGCGGGGUAAAUGCUCCCCUUACAUGGUACAAGACAUAUUUUGAUGCCCCAGAGGGCAAUGGUCCAGUUGCCAUCCAAAUGGAUAAAAUGGCCAAGGGGAUGAUCUGGGUCAACGGCAGAAACAUCGGUCGCUAUUGGGUAUCUUUCCUCUCUCCCCUGGGGCAACCUACUCAAUCUGAGUACCAUAUUCCAAGAGCUUUCUUGAAGCAAACUAAGAAUCUCCUAGUUGUUCUUGAGGAAACCGGAGGAGAUCCAAGAGAAAUCAAGCUCGUAACAGUCAACAGAGAUACCAUUUGCAGCUUCAUCACCGAAUAUCACCCACCCCAAGUGAAAUCAUGGGUAAGGACUGGAGACCAAAUGCGCGCAGUUGUGGAGAAUAUCACAUCAGGAGCUCAUCUAAACUGUCCUGGCAACCAAGUAAUCAAAGCAAUUGAAUUUGCAAGCUUUGGUGAUCCUUAUGGAGUCUGUGGAACAUUUGCCAUUGGAGAAUGCAAUGCGCCAAAUGCCCUCCAAAUUGCUGAACAGUAUUGCAAAGGGAAGAAGGAGUGCACAAUUCCAAUGGAUAAAGGACUUUUCUUUGGGGCCAACGACGCUUGCCCACAAAUUGCAAAAACAUUGGCAGUGCAGGCCAGGUGUGGCAACCCAGGGAAUAACUCUUCUUAA